AUGGAUUCUGAAGAUUUGCUUGAGAAAUUAUUGGAAGCAUUUUAUGAUGAGAAAAUAGAGCCUAAAAAGGAGGCAGCAAAGAAAAUACUUGGGUUGGCUGCUCGAUAGGAAAACCUAGAAUUAUUAAUAUCUCAUGGUAUUUAUUUAUAAUAAUGCAUAUAAGAAUAAUUCUUAUCAACAAUAUCUAGAACAUUGAGAGAUGAACAUAAAAAAUCAACAGAACUUACUCUCUAUUUAUUAUGCGUUUUUUACAUUGUGUCAAACUAUUUGGAAUUUCAUUAAAUAUUAUCUGAGCAUUAAAUCGGAGAUAUUACAAUGAAAAUAAUAGAGUCUUAAAUCUAGAGAUUUGAUUUGAGAUAUGCAGAAUUGAUGGAAAAACAAGGUUAACCCCAACAGUUAUAAGAAUUAAGAAAAUUAAAUUUAAUGAUAGCAAAAUAAGAGAAGUUAUUUUAUGUUGGUUUUACAAUCUUAAUGAACAUGGCAGAAGAUCCUAUCAUAGAGAAUAAGAUGAGGAAAAGGAAGAUCAUAACAUUUUUGCUGAGAAUGUUAGAAAGAAAUAAUUUCUAUUUAUUGAUAGUAACUUUGUUGUUUCUGAAGAAAUUGAGCAUUGUUAAUGAAUGCAAAUUGUAAAUGGUCGAAGAGAAUUGUAUUAGAAAAUUAAAGAGAUUCUUCAGUGCUGAUAAUAAUGUAUUGCUACAAUUAAGUUUAGGUUUUUUAUUGAUAUAAAUAUAUUAGGUGUUCUUAAGAAUUUAAGUUUUGACACUGAAGCACGAUUAUAAAUAGAAUAGAAUGGAUUUAUUCCAGAUAUUGUAAAGAUGCUGAAGAUACCAAAUUAUCGCUUUGUUUCAAUAGUGUUGUUGUAUUUGCUUACUUUAGAUGAUAAAAUCAGAUUAACUUUUGGUUUUACUGAAUGUAUGACUUUGGUUGUAAAAUUAAUGCUGCACUUCCCUGAACCUGUGAUUGGAAAGGAAUUAAUUGCUUUGGCUGUUAAUUUGUCAACAAGUUCAAGAAAUGUAGAUCAUAUUACAGAGCAAGAAUUUCAAUAAAUAGUUUAGAGAGCUAUAACGAAUUCAGAUACCUUAUUAUUUAGAUUUGUGAAAGGGGUAAUUGAAAACUCUACAAAUCCAGAAGUGUAGACAUGUGCUAAAGGGUUUGUGAGACAUUUUAUGAAACUAUUAGUUACAUAGGGAAAGGAAGAGGAUAUUAAAUUUGAAAUUAUAGGGAUUAUGAGUGCAUUAGAUUUAUAAGAAAAUUGGAUAAAGCUAUUGAAUGAACCAUUUAUUGAGUUUCUCCAUAAUAACCUAGCUGUUGGAAUGGUUGAAGAUGACAUUGUGAUAGAAACGAUGAUGUUGGUAUCAUCUAUUAUAUCCCAACAAAAUGCCGCUGAAAAACUGUUUAAGAGUCGAAUAUUGAAUGCUUUGUCUUAAGUUUUUGUAGAAAAGAGCGACGAUGAUGAAUUUGUUGUACAGUAUUUGUAUUGCUUACACUAAUUUCUGUUUCAUAAAAUAGGAAUAUCACAAAUUUUGGAAUAGUAAGAAUAUUCAUAUUUUGAGGGAUGAAAUCCUAAUUUAGAUAAUUUAAUAAAUAAAUGAUAAAAACAAAAAGGUGUAGUAGAUGUCAGAAGAAGUCUUAGAUAUACUAAGGGAGUAUGAUUAAGAAUUAUGUGAAAAAAUCAAAGAAAUCAAAUUUACGGAAUAUAAUUAGUUAUGGAUUGAACAACUGAAUGAAUAAGAGCUCAUGUAAGUGUUUAAUCCAAUAAAAUAGGUUACAAGAUGGAGGUGAUAUGGCAUUUGAAGAUGAGUACGGCGGUAACGAAUUAGAUCCUAAAAUGUGGGAUUCAGACAAUGAUUGAUUAUUUUGUUGC